CAGAUUGGAGAAAAGUUCGGAUUGGAAGGAGAAAAACUGCUCGAGUUUGUGCGGGAACAACAAAAGUUAGAAGAUGAAAGAAGAAUGGAAGAAGAAGAAAAGGAAGAAAAACGUCAAAAACUUGAGGAAGAAAGAAGGAGGGAGAAGGAAGAGAAAGAAAAAAAACGUACACAGUUAGAAGAAGAAAAAGAGGAAAAACGUAGACAAUUGGAAGAGGAAAAAGAAGAAAAGCGUAGACUGUUAGAAGAACAAAAAGAGGAGAAACGUCGAAUGCUUGAAGAAGAUAGAAGAAAAGAAGACGAAGAAAGAGAAACUAGGCGGCAAGAACACGAACUGAGGAAAUUAGAGCUGGAAGCAGACCUCUUAAAACAGAGAGAGGCUAUUGAAGCCGCUACGAGAGAGCAUGAACUA